AUGUUAGAAGAAACAACAUCACCAACACAACAACAAUUAAACAAAAGUUCAAGUGGAUUGAAUAAAAGUUCAAAUGGAUUGAACAAGAGUACAAGUGGAUUAAGAAAUAGUAGAAGUGGAGGUAAUUUACAAGUAUUGGUACACGACUAUACACCAACACUCAACGAGAAUGAAACUGCUCAUCAAAUUAAAUCUACCAAAGGAAAAUACAAUAUCACAUGUUAUGAAAGAAAAGGUCAUCUUUGUGGUGCUGUAAACUCUCCUGUUUUAAUAACUUAUCAUGAUCUUGGUUUAAAUCAUGUAUCAUGUUUUAAUAGUUUUUUUGAUCAACCAAAAGUUAGAUGUAUAUUACCAUAUUUACAUAUAAUUCAUAUUGAAGCACCAGGACAUGAAUAUAAUGCACAAACGAUUGAUAGUGAUGAUUAUCCAACGAUGCAAGAGAUGGCAGAAGAUGUACUCGAUGUGAUAGAGUAUUUCAAGGUGAAACAAUUCAUUGGUAUGGGUGCUGGUGCCGGUGGAGGUGUUCUCACUCAAUUCACAGUUGAUCAUCCACGUUAUGUACUUGGUCUCAUCUUGAUUGGUUCCGAUAUCAAAUCAUUUAGUUGGUUGGAAACUGUCAAACAAUGGGUUGGUUUCAACUCUAUACCAUCACACAAGAAUCCAAACAGUGUCAAAAACUAUCUCUUGAAUCAUUACUAUUCCGAAAAUAUGGAAGAAACCAAUCCUGAUCUUCGUGAACAUUUAAAACGUGACAUGGAAAUGAUAAACCCUGAAAAUAUGUGUCAUUAUGUUGGUUCAUUCCUUAAGCGAAAAGAUAUUUCUCAAAGUCUUAUUAAAUCACUAAGUUGUAAAGUAUUAGUUAUAGUUGGUAAAGAUUCAUCGGUUUCGGAUGAUGUAAUUGAAGUAUUUUCACACUUUAAUCCAAGAUAUUCUACCAUGUUGCAAAUUCCAGAUUGUGGUAUUUUGGUGUCUGCCGAGAAACCAACCAUGAUGGUUGAACCAUUUAAAUUGUUUAUGCAAGGUUUGGGUUAUUUAUUAAAUUAUUAUGCUAGUAUUGGUGAUAGUCAAGAAAUCCUCCCACCCAGUACUAUUAAUAAUAGUCAAGAAAUGAAUUUACCACAACAAAUCUAA